AUUGCACACAUACACAUGUAGAUACAUAUGUAUUAUCACAUGUACACAUAACACACAUAUAUAUAUGGUGUAUCAUCAUCAUCAUCAUCGCAUCAUCAUCAUCAUCAUUAUUUUGGUACGUUGUGUUUUGUGUUGUGUGAGAUGAAAGAAGGUCCAAAAAGGCAGUAGUAGUACAGCCCAAAUACCCUUUUUUCUCCUCUCCUUCAUAGAAUUCAUCCUUGAAUAUAUGAAAGAUUGUCUUUUUCUUGGUGUUAAUUAAUAAUAAUACCCAUUUUCAUAUCGAUUAUAAAGAUUGAUUUUUUAUCAUUGGUUUCGUUCGUUUUGAAAUUGAUUGUACUAGGCGAUCUUCACUUGUUGUGUCUAUCUUCCCUUGUUUGUUUCUCAAUGGGAUUGCUCUAAAAUAAAAAGUCAGUUUUUCAGAGGAAAUCUUUCGAAAAAGAACAAACUUUUGAUCAAGAAGGAAUAAAGGGGUUUGUGUCUGUGAUCAUGGCGGUGGCUGAGAAUGCACAAAAGUUUGAGGACAAUACUGUAGUAUCUUCGGUCUCGAAUGGGCAAAAUGAUGCUGAAAAUCCAAAACCCAGAAACGAUUCUUCAGGGGUUUUGAGUGUUGUGGACCCCGAUUAUCAGUCGAGCGACAACGAUCAGAAUUCUCCGGGGAAGUUUCAGAGCCAAGAGAAAGCGGCGAACCCAGCUGGUUUCUCAGUCCCGACAAGCAAUCAGAAGACUCAAAUUGGUCAGAUGCAAAAUGGGUUUGAGACCAAUGGGGUCGAUAAUCAACAGAUGGUGAUGGUUAACUCUGGUGGGUAUGGGAUUGAUCACAGUUCCAAUGGGGAUGAAAGCUAUAAACAUGAUAUGAGGGAUUUGGAGGAUUUGCUGUCUAAGCUGAAUCCCAUGGCCGAGGAGUUUGUUCCUCCUUCUCUUGCCAAGAAUUCUGGCUACCCGAUUGGUGCUGCGUUUGGCUAUGCUGGCAAUAUUUUAAUGCAAAUUAACAACGCUGCCAAUGUAAAUGGAUUUCUCGCUAGGAAGAAGAAGAACGGCUAUACUCAGGGGAGACGAAGGAAUUAUCACAAAUUGAGUCCGGCGCAGCGAGAUGCAAUGAUUAGGAGGACUGUGUAUGUAUCAGACAUUGAUCAACAGGUCACCGAGGAGAACCUUGCUGCUCUCUUUCUUAAUUGCGGACAGGUGGUUGAUUGUCGUGUUUGCGGUGAUCCAAACUCCAUUCUUCGUUUUGCUUUUGUGGAGUUCACAGAUGAAGAUGGUGCAAGGGCUGCUUUGAAUCUGUCAGGGACCAUGCUUGGCUAUUACCCAGUAAGAGUGCUUCCUUCCAAAACGGCAAUAGCACCUGUUAACCCAACGUUUUUGCCAAGGUCGGACGAUGAGCGUGAGAUGUGCUCAAGAACUAUUUAUUGUACAAAUAUUGACAAGAAGGUUACUCAAGCAGAUGUUAAACUGUUCUUUGAGUCACUUUGUGGAGAGGUUCAACGCUUGAGGCUGCUUGGGGACUAUCACCAUUCCACACGCAUUGCUUUCGUUGAGUUCACAAUGGCUGAAAGUGCAAUUGCAGCUCUUAACUGUAGUGGUGUGGUUCUGGGAACUCUGCCGAUAAGGGUAAGCCCGUCGAAGACGCCUGUUCGGCCACGUGCUCCUCGUCCUCCACUGCACUGAGUCGCCCCACCCUAGCAUGUUCCCUGGACUAAUUUCCUGCUGAUAGAUAUAUUUACAUAUACAUACAUAGAUACAGAAUCUUUUAAGGUACUUGUGGUGUUUAUCUAUACUUUUGUCCUCUGAAGUGCUGCUACCCGGUAUCGUUGUUCUUUAUGUAUGGAGGGUGAAGAUAAUUUAUGGGUUUUAUUUUGUUUAGCAUGUAGUAGAAGAGUUGGAUGGAUGGAAUUUUGAGGUGCCGAAAUCGUUUAAUUUAUGUGUCACAUUAUGAUGAAAAGAUUAUCAGGAGGAUGGUGACAGAGAUAACUGUUUUUUUUAACUGUUCUCGGAUGUUGCAAACAACCGGAAAUUCUUAUGAACAACUUUUUUCUUUCUGUUCA